CUUAUUAUUAAGUUUUGCAUGUUUGCAUUUAGGUUCAGAAAAGCAACAUGUCACCCAACAAAUAUCAUCUGUGGCAGCAAUUCAACAAUUCUUAAUUCAAGGAUAAUUUCCAAGAACCGGCUUCCAAGUUCCACUUCUCCAAGGUGUUUUUCCACCCCGCCUCUAAUUUUAUCAAAAACAAAUUAGCUGUGAGGUGUCUGUGGAGCAGCCAAUCAGAUGACAGAGGGUGUUGCCACAGAGGUAUAAGUACACCAGGUGAUACAGGUAGCAGAUUAUGGUGCACCUGAUCAACUCACUUCAGCUGGACAUACAGUGGGGCAAAGACAACCAAAUACGCAGCCUUUUCCUCCCUAGCUGGAAACAAAACAGGAAAAGCAACGGACAGAACUAGGGUGAGCAUGACAUCAUUUGUGCCACAAGCCCUGUCACCUCAAUUCCAUACAAUGGGGCAGGAAUCCCAAGAGUACAGCCUGUACAAUGACAACUUCUACAACCCUCCGCCUCUACCGAGUCCACAGCAGACCUUGCCAUCUGCCAGUGACCUGGUGGACUAUGCCAACCCAGUCUCCAACCCUUAUCUUUGGUUCAGUAGCCCUGGGCUGAAUCCUGCGCACAACCUCGGGGGAGGACCGCAGCCCUACGGCAUGCAGAGACCCUAUCUUGGUGCAGGAGGAAUGGGAGGGGCAGAAGGGCCUUUCAGCUGGUUUUCUUUACCUUCUCAAGAAGAUUUGAUGAAACUUGUUCGACCACCAUAUUCGUACUCAGCUCUGAUUGCCAUGGCAAUAAACGGCGCCCCAAAUCGCAGGCUCACGCUCAGUCAAAUCUACCAGUAUGUAGCUGACAACUUUCCAUUCUACAACAAGAGCAAGGCCGGCUGGCAGAACUCCAUUCGUCACAACCUUUCCCUGAACGACUGCUUCAUGAAGGUGCCAAGGGAUGAUGAUGACCCAGGAAAAGGCAACUACUGGACUCUUGACCCAAACUGUGAGAAAAUGUUUGAUAACGGUAACUUCCGUCGCAAGAGAAAGAGAAAAUCCGAUUCCCUGCCUGAAGAAGAGGGAAAAGGCUACACGGAAACAGACUCGACUGCGUCUAGCCCAAAAGACCAGAAUAAUUCAAUUCAUGAAUCCGAGAGAGGACCCUCUCCCGUUUCGGCAGGCGCAACUCCCUGCCUUAAUGGCUUCUUGUCGCAGAUGAAUGACAUAGUCUCUGGUUCAAGUAACAUGCAAGACGGCGCUUUGCUCCCCUCUAUGCCGCUGGGUGUGUCUUUGGACACUCAAAGGGUCUCUCCAGUGGGGGGUUUUGGCUCAUACUCACCAAGUUCUACAGUACCACACUGGGAGGCACAGAUUCCACCCCCAACCCAAACAAGCAUCUCUUCCUCGCCCUCUCACUACACAGGCAGUUACAGUGACUCAAUCCUUAGUCAGUUCAGUAGUAAUCUAUACCCAGGCAUGGACUCUUCUGGCAUGGUGUACUCACGAGAAGGCACCGAUGUUUAAAGUUAAAAAAGGAUGAAAGUGUGUUUUCCAGCCAGCACUUGACGAAGCAGUUGGCUUAAACAGUUACCUGAGUUCCCACAGUGUUUCCUGAGUCAGCAGAUCCAGCGAGCACGAAGGGGCCCAUUCCCCUCCCUGUGUGAAUGCUCACAUACUCGGCUCUCAUCCUCAACUGCUGAUAGCAUCUCACUUCAGGUUACAGCUGAGCAUUAUGAUGCACUAAUCAUGUCUUUUUUUGUAACAUACUUCCAAUGUAUUGACUACUGUAAUGUAUUUGUUUUUUGUUUUUAUAUUUUGUUACUGUGAUAUAUGUUUGUGUGUAUGCAUAUCUGUGCAGAAAUAAACCAAAAUGAUACUGCCA